GCUACGGGCUCGGGCCAUGGCGGCCGCCGACGCCGAGGCAGUUCCGGCCAAGGGCGACCCUAAGCAGGAUUCCUGCCUGAAGACGGAGCUGAGGGAAGAAGGGCUCUCCAUGGCUGCAGAUGAGGGCUCUGCAGAGAAACAGGGCCCAGAGGCACCCCCCGCCACUGACGGGGAAGUGAACGGGUCCUGUGAACAGGAUGAUGCCAGCACUCACCCCAGUGCCAUGAGGCACACUCAGGAAAGCACAAAGGCCAGCCCACAGGAAGGCACCAAGAAGCCUGCCCGCAUCAUCGAAAAUGGCCUCUUGGAGCGAGAGCCUGAGGCAGGCAGGCCCCCUCACUUAUGUGCCGACGACCUCACACAGACUUCUGCCCUGGGCAGCAAUGGGCUCGCCCUGAGUGAGCCGCUCCCAAGGGUCACCAGCACCCUGACUUCUUCCCUGCCUGGCCAUGCUGCCAAAACCCUGCCAGGUGGACCCGGCAAGGGGAGGACUCCCAAUGUGUGUUCUCAGACACCAGCCACCGCACCAGCCAAGCUUGGGGAAGAGGACAGGAAGGCCCCUACCCUGGGAGCUGACGUGAAGGUUCACAGGGCACGGAAGACCAUGCCGAAGCCCAUCCUGGGUCUGCACACAGCCAACAAGGACCCCAGGGAGGCGCGUGAGCACGAGGACUCCCGAGAGGAGGCCAGCACAGCCCUUUCUGACUUCGGGCGGCAGCAGCUCUUACCCCCCUUCCCUCCCCUUCAUCAGUCGCUACCUCAAAACCAAUGCUACAUGGCCACCACAAAGUCACAGACAGCUUGCUUGCCUUUUGUUUUAGCAGCUGCAGUAUCUCGGAAGAAAAAACGAAGAAUGGGAACUUAUAGCCUGGUUCCUAAGAAAAAGACCAAAGUAUUAAAGCAGAGGACGGUGAUAGAGAUGUUUCAGAGUAUAACUCAUUCCGCUCUGGGCUCGAAGGGGGAGAAGGCCCUGGGUCUGGGUGACGGCGGUCUCCACCUGAACGGGGAGAGCUUGGAUAUCGACUCUGAGGAGGACGACUCGGAUGAGCUGGAUGAAGACGAGGACCAAGGAGUGGAGCAGGCAGCUGCCUUCCCCAUGGAGGACAGCAGGACUUCCAAGGAGAGUAUGUCUGAGAUUGACCAUGGCCCAAAGAUGGACGGCGAGUCUGAAGAGGAGCAGGAGUCGGCCGGCACCGGGGAGGAGGAGGAGGAGGAGGAGGAGGAUGGAGACGAGUCCGAUUUGAGUUCAGAGUCUAGUAUCAAGAAGAAGCUCCUCAAGAGGAGAGGAAAGCCUGACAGCCCCUGGAUCAAGCCCACCAGAAAAAGGAGACGGAGAAGUAAAAAGAAGCCAAGUGGCAUACCAGGUUCUGAAGCGCACACCUCAUCUUCAUGCAGUGCAGAGCAGGAAGCACCGGGAGAUAGCUCGGGCUACAUGGAGGUGUCGCUGGACUCCCUGGACUUGCAUGUCAAAGGGACUCUGUCUUCACAAACAGAAGGGCUGGCCAAUGGCCCUGACUCUGUGACCGACGGCCUCCAGGAAGUGCCCCUGUGCAGCUGCCGCAUGGAAACCCCGAAAAGCCGAGAGAUCACUACCCUGGCUAACAACCAGUGCAUGGCCACGGAGAGCGUGGACCACGAGCUGGGCCGGUGCACCAACAGUGUGGUCAAGCAUGAGCUGAUGCGGCCAUCCAGCAAGGCACCCCUGCUGGUGCUGUGUGAAGACCACCGGGGCCGCAUGGUCAAGCAUCAGUGUUGUCCCGGCUGCGGCUACUUCUGCACAGCGGGCAAUUUCAUGGAGUGUCAGCCUGAGAGCAGCACCUCUCACCGCUUCCACAAAGACUGUGCCUCUCGGGGCAACAAUGCCAGCUACUGUCCCCACUGCGGGGAGGACACCGCCAAGGCCAGAGAGGUGACGGUCGCAAAAGCAGACACCACCUCCACAGUGACACUGGUCCCUGGGCAGGACAAGAGGGCCCUGGGGGAAGGCAGAGCUGACACCACCACCAGCAGCACUGCUGGGCCCCUACUGGGUGAGGACGACAAGCCACAGAGCACAGCUGCCCAUGUGCCCGAGGGCGCUGACCCCAGUGCUGUGACUGGGCUGGCGAAGUCUGCCCCUGGGAAGGAGACGCUGGAGAGUGCACUCAUCGCAUUGGACUCGGAGAAACCCAAGAAGCUCCGCUUCCACCCAAAGCAGCUGUACUUCUCAGCCAGGCAAGGGGAACUGCAGAAGGUGCUGCUCAUGCUAGUGGAUGGCAUCGACCCCAACUUCAAAAUGGAGCAUCAGAACAAGCGCUCCCCGCUACAUGCCGCUGCGGAGGCCGGCCACGUGGACAUCUGCCACAUGCUCAUCCAGGCAGGCGCAAACAUUGACACGUGCUCGGAAGACCAGAGGACCCCACUGAUGGAAGCUGCUGAGAACAACCACCUGGAGGCUGUGAAGUACCUCAUCAAGGCUGGGGCCCUUGUGGACCCUAAGGAUGCCGAGGGCUCGACCUGUUUGCACUUGGCAGCCAAGAAAGGCCACUAUGAUGUGGUCCAGUACCUACUUUCCAAUGGACAGAUGGACAUCAAUUGUCAGGACGAUGGCGGCUGGACGCCCAUGAUCUGGGCCACCGAGUACAAGCAUGUGGAGCUGGUGAAGCUGCUGCUGGCUAAGGGCUCGGACAUCAAUAUCCGGGAUAAUGAAGAGAACAUCUGCUUGCAUUGGGCAGCUUUCUCGGGCUGUGUGGACAUAGCGGAGACACUGCUGGCCGCCCGGUGUGACCUCCACGCCGUGAACAUCCAUGGAGACUCGCCCCUGCACAUCGCUGCCAGGGAGGACCGCUAUGCCUGUGUUGUCCUCUUUCUUUCUCGGGAUUCAGAUGUCACCUUAAAGAACAAAGAAGGGGAGACACCCCUACAGUGCGCCAGCCUCCACUCUCCGGUGUGGGAUGCGCUGCAGAUGAGCCAGGCACUUCGCGACGCUUCUCCAGACAGACCUGUUCCCACAGAAAAGACCGUGAGCAGGGACAUUGCCCGGGGCUAUGAGCGCAUCCCCAUUCCCUGUGUGAACGCCGUUGACAACGAGCCGUGCCCCAGCAACUAUAAGUAUGUGUCUCAGAACUGUGUGACUUCCCCUAUGAGCAUCGACAGGAACAUCACCCACCUGCAGUACUGCGUGUGCGUGGACGACUGUUCUUCCAGCAACUGCAUGUGUGGCCAACUCAGCAUGCGCUGCUGGUAUGACAAGGAUGGCCGGCUGCUGCCCGAGUUCAACAUGGCGGAGCCGCCACUGCUGUUCGAGUGCAACCACGCCUGCUCCUGCUGGCGCACAUGCCGGAACCGCGUGGUGCAGAAUGGGCUCAGGGCCAGACUGCAGCUGUACCGGACACAGAACAUGGGCUGGGGGGUCCGGCCCCUGCAGGACAUCCCGCUGGGCACCUUCGUCUGCGAGUAUGUUGGAGAGCUCAUCUCGGACUCGGAGGCUGAUGUCCGGGAUGAGGACUCGUACCUCUUCGACCUUGACAACAAGGGCGGAGAGGCCUACUGCAUUGACGCCCGCUUCUAUGGCAACGUCAGCCGCUUCAUCAACCACCACUGUGAGCCCAACCUGGUGCCGGUGCGUGUGUUCAUGUCCCAUCAGGACCUGCGCUUUCCCCGAAUCGCCUUCUUUAGCACCCGCCUCAUUGAAGCAGGGGAGCAACUGGGGUUUGACUACGGGGAGCGCUUCUGGGAUAUCAAAGGCAAGUUGUUCAGCUGCCGGUGCGGCUCCCCCAAGUGCCGGCACUCCCGGGCAGCCCUGGCACAGCGGCAGGCCAGCUCGGCCCAGGGGCCCCAGGAGAACGGGCUGCCCGACACCAGCUCCUCUGCCGACCCUCUAUGAGAUGGAUGACGCAGCAGCGCCUGUGUUCACUGCACUUCAGAGAGGCGAGGGGGAGCACCCAGGCGGGCGGGCCCACAGAGGCAGCGGAACAGUCUAGAUUCUGCCCUGGCAUCAACUUGUGAGUUUUUGACGGUGGUUUUGUUUCCAAGUUUCUUGUUUCUCUGCGCUUCGUGCCCCCUCCCGUUACUGGGCGUCCACUCAGAUUUCUGCGGUCCCUGGAAGCCGCGGCCUGCAUUGGCUGCUCCCUUCCGGCCACCUGCCAGGGCGGAGAUGGGGCUUUGCCUUUGAAAGGACCCUUGUACCUAGUCCUUUCUAUCAGACCUGCCUCCUCACAAAGAGGAGUCAGCUGGAUGGGGACAGGCCCCAGCAGCAGCCCUGGCGCCGGUGGACUCGGUUCCUAGCCACAUGCUCUGAGAAGGGACGGACUGAUUUAUUUUCUACCAUUACUGACUCUUAGGACAAAUAAUAAACAACACAGACAAUGGUGCUGA